AUGAAACCUUUUGUAAUUCUAAAACUGCCCCACAAAACCGUUCAAUCCCUUCAUUAGCGGACGGGACAACCGCCACCGGUCUCUCUCCCCAUAAACCCUAACGGUAACAAUUACGCUUCUCUGUAUUGUCCCGAUGGCUUCCCGCUGCCGAUCCCUCUCUAGACCUUCUCUGUCUUUACUAAAAUCCACCAUCACCAUACCCUCCGUUCAACCCAGACGCACGCCUUCUCUUCUGUCCCCUCCCUUUCUUCGCACGCUUUCAAGACCGAAUCCUCACUUGGGUGCUCUUCAGUCUUUGCUUCCCCUUCAUUCUGCGGUCUCUUCAGCUCGGCUGACCUCAUGCCUUGGCAUUGAUUUGAACUCGAGGUCGUUGUCUCAGGGUAUGCUCUGCAGUGCAAACCCAGGAGUUUGACUAUCCCCAAACUCCUGUACUUUAAUCUGGGGGUGUUGAUUAUUUUCUGCUGAUUAUGCUGCUUCUCAGAACUAGGUCUCGGCGUGCUGCGAUAAGAGAUGUUAGUGAGAAUUUGAGGCCAAUUGAUGGUCAGAGCUGUCGGCAAGCCUCUUUUACGAUGUCCUUUUUCUGUUUGUUGAAGUUUUUGUUAACAACUCUGAAAACAUAGGACAUAGCUUCAAGAAUUGAAUUCUUCAUGCUUAUUAGUUAUUCCUGCAAAUUGUGAAAUUUUCCGAAUAUUUCAUGCCUUCCCUUGGAUGCUGAUACAAAUGAAUAUAGCAUUACAACAUUGGUCAUCUGGGUGAUUGAUUAACGUUUGUUUGUAAUGUAGUUGAACAAUGUGUUUUGUUUGCUCAUGCUUCCUUCAUAUCAAAAAGUUUGGUUAUUGAC